CAUAUAGUUCUCCACUGCAUACAUAAGCUAAAGAGCCCUAAAAUAUUCCACUUCUUACCUAAAAAAGUAAGAGUGUAAAAGCCUCAAAUAUAUUGGUAAAACUAAAAAGGUAGUAGAAAGGUAUAAUAUUUUUUAAGAUAAACUAUAUGCUAAAGUUUAUCAUUCAUUUCACCACAUAACAUUCCAUUAUAUAUCCGUACCAUUGUCAACUCUAUUCAUUAAAAAAUUGAGUAGGCAGGGUUGCUCCAGUAGAACUAUAUAAAGCCUCAUAUAACUUCAACCUGUGUCAUUGUCUUCCUUAUUAUCCUAUUCUUCAUUUACUUUGUUUUAUCAUGCUACUAAAACUUGAUCCUUAUUUUUAGAGCAUAUCUUUUGAACCAUUUGACCUUGUAUCUAUACCUCAUAAUGAAACAAAUAUAUUCAUAUUGGUUGUGCAAUUUUCUUCUGUUAUUGACCAUUCUUAAUACUUCUUUUGUUGCAACACUAAGUAAUGAUGCUGAUGCAACAGACACUAACUUGCUUCUCAGGAUCAAAUCAGAACUAUUGGAUCCAUUAGGAGCUAUGAGAAACUGGUCUCCAACAACUCAUGUUUGUAACUGGAAUGGAAUAACAUGUGAUGUUAAUCAGAAACAUGUUAUAGGCUUGAAUCUUUAUGAUUCAGGAAUAUCAGGUUCCAUUUCAGUUGAGUUAAGUAAUCUCAUUUCUCUUCAAAUACUUGAUUUAUCUUCAAAUUCACUUAAUGGUUCCAUACCUUCAGAGCUAGGUAAACUUCAAAAUCUAAGAACACUCCAACUAUACUCAAAUUAUCUCUCUGGUAACAUUCCUAAAGAGAUAGGUAAUUUGAACAAGUUGCAAGUUCUUAGAAUAGGAGACAACUUUUUGACAGGUGGCAUUCCACCUAGCAUCAUCAACUUGAAAGAGUUGACAGUGUUAGGUGUAGGUUACUGCCAUUUAAAUGGAACCAUACCAGUUGGAAUUGGUAAAUUGAAGAAUCUUACAUCACUUGAUUUACAAAUGAAUAGUUUUAGUGGCCAUAUACCUGAAGAGAUACAAGGCUGUGAAAACCUUCAAAAUUUUGCAGCAUCAAACAACAUGCUUGAAGGAAACAUUCCUUCCUCUAUAGGGUCCCUUAAAUCAUUGAAAAUUAUUAAUCUUGCUAAUAACACUCUAUCUGGACCAAUUCCUUCAUCGUUGAGUUAUCUUUCUAACUUGACAUACCUGAAUUUUCUUGGAAACAAACUAAAUGGUGAAAUUCCAUAUGAGCUUAAUAGUUUGAUCCAAUUGCAGAAACUAGACUUGUCUGGAAACAACUUUUCUGGAUCAAUACCUCUCCUUAAUUCCAAAUUGAAGAGUCUUGAAACUCUAGUUCUUUCUGAUAAUGCUUUGACAGGUACCAUUCCUAGAAGUUUCUGUUUCAAAGGUUCAAAGCUUCAACAACUUUUCUUGGCUAGAAAUAUUCUAUCUGGAAAAUUUCCAUUGGAGUUACUCAGCUGUUCCUCAAUACAACAGUUGGAUCUUUCUGGAAAUAGCUUUGAAAGUGAAAUUCCAUCUACCAUAGACAAGCUUCAGAACCUCACAGAUCUUGUACUCAACAACAACACCUUUGUUGGAUCACUGCCUCGUGAAAUUGGAAAUAUUAGUACUUUGGAAGGUCUUUUCCUUUUUGGAAAUUCUUUAAAAGGUGAAAUUCCAGUGGAGAUUGGAAAGCUGAAAAAUUUGAACACAAUUUACCUCUAUGAUAACCAAAUGUCUGGAUUCAUACCAAGAGAGUUAACAAACUGCACAAGUUUAAGAGAAAUCGAUUUCUUUGGAAACCAUUUUACAGGCCACAUUCCUGAGACGAUAGGGAAGCUGAAAAACUUGGUUCUUCUUCAUUUGAGGCAAAAUGAUUUUCAUGGUCCAAUCCCUCCAAGUUUAGGGUACUGCAAAAGUCUUCAAAUAUUGGCCUUAGCCGAUAACAAACUUUCAGGUUCAAUUCCACACACAUUCAGUUACCUUUCAGAACUUUUUAAGAUUACCCUUUACAACAAUUCCUUUGAAGGACCUAUCCCUCAUUCACUUUCUUCUCUCAAAAAUCUCAAAAUCAUAAAUUUUUCACACAACAAGUUCAGUGGAAGUUUCUUUCCUCUAACUGCUUCAAAUUCUCUGACUCUUCUUGACUUGACUAACAACAGUUUCUCAGGUUCUAUCCCUUCUAAUCUAGCAAAUUCCAGUAACCUUCGCCGUCUCCGGCUCGCAUACAAUAAUCUUACAGGAACCAUUCCUUCUGAAUUUGGCCAGCUUAAUGAUCUCGACUUUUUUGAUUUAUCACAUAACAGUUUAACAGGAGAAGUUCCACCUCAAUUCUCAAACUCGCGGAAAAUAGAACACAUUUUGCUGAGUAACAACAGAUUGAGCGGAGAAAUACCUCCGUGGUUGGGAGAUUUCCAACAACUUGGUGAGUUAGAUCUCUCAUACAAUAACUUCAGUGGCAAGGUACCUGCUGAAAUUGGUAACUGCUCAAAUUUACUUAAGCUUUCUCUCCAUCACAACAAUUUGUCUGGUGAAAUUCCUCAAGAGAUUGGGAACCUCAUUUCUCUUAAUGUCUUCAACAUUCAAAGCAAUAGUCUCUCCGGCUUAAUUCCUUCAACAAUUCAUCAAUGCAAGAAGCUCUACGAGCUAAGGCUCUCACAAAAUUUCUUGACAGGUACUAUACCAAUUGAGCUAGGAGGGCUUGAUGAGUUACAAGUGAUAUUGGAUUUGAGCAAAAAUCUCUUCUCUGGUGAGAUCCCUUCAUCUUUAGGAAACCUAAUGAAGCUGGAAAGACUAAACCUAUCUUCCAAUCAACUUCAAGGAAAAAUUCCUACUUCACUUGGUAAACUUACAAGCCUGCAUGUGUUGAAUCUCUCAAAUAACCAUCUUGAAGGCCAAAUUCCUUCCACCUUUUCAGGGUUUCCAAGAAGCUCUUUCUUGAACAACAGUCGGUUAUGUGGCCCGCCGUUAGUAUCUUGCUCAGGAUCAACAUCAGAAGGGAAAAUGCAGCUAUCAAACACACAAGUUGCAGUUAUAAUUGUGGCCAUUGUGUUUACUUCAACUAUGAUAUGCUUAGUUAUGUUGUAUAUAAUGCUUAGAAUCUGGUGCAACUGGAGAAAAGUUUCCAUAUCGAAUGCAGAUGGAGGUGCUGUUGCUACGAAGAAAGAGGAAAGUAGAUGGGGUUGUCAAGAUCAUAAGACAAGGAAUGGAGAGUAUUGGAAUAUGAAUUCAUUUGGAUUCAUUCCUUCACCAGAUAAGAAUAAUUCAGUAACAACAACUUGCUUCUUUAAUCUCAAAAUGGAAGCCAUGGAAAAUGCAAAUAUAUAAAAUGUUUAAAUCUUAAGAUUGGUUUCUUAGCUUUGAGGAGCAAUUAUAUUACUGGCACAUCAUACAAUGCUGACUUUAGUUUUUUUCUUUCCUGGUGUUAAGAGGCUAUAUCAAUAUUUGUAAAUAAAAAAGGGAUAUACUUAUAGUUAAAUAAAACCUGUAGUACAUUAUUAACCUUGAUUAUCUGGUAAAAGGAAAUAUCUCUCUAGGAA